AUGACUUUCUCUAAUCUCACGGAUCAAAAUUGAACAUUCAAACUGUUUGCUAGAAAACUUUAAUUACAAAAUGCAUGUUUAAGGGUAAAGCUAGGUUUGCCGGGUAAGCUAGUAAUUAAUGAUUUUAACCAAACGAAGGUGAGCAUUUUAUUAUUCCCCUCGUAAGGGAAUCUUAUUACAAAUGUAACGGUCAACUUGAAUGGAUGACGUGAUCAUUCAGCAUGAAAGUAUAAACCGAAACAAUGACAGCCAUAAAAUGUCAAACCACACAUAAACCUAAACAAAGAACACUGCAACUGCUACCGGUAAAGUACACACUGAAGUAAACGCUAAAAAUGCACGAAAUUAUCAUCAAAACAGCAACGGAACAAGAUUUCACAGAGGUUGUGUUCUUGUUAAUCGAUUACAUCGUGGAGCUACCUCGAACUCAGCAGGCCCGGGAACGUUUGGGAACGCUACUCAGCCAAUCCACAACCAGCGAGGAGCUCAAGCACAUGUUGAAACUGUUUGAAAACCUCGUUCGUAAAUACUGUCUCGGCGAGCUUGACGAGGUCCGCUUGCGGUCCCAUUUGAGCCAGCUUUCACCAGCCCGGCAAGACCGUGUACUGGAAAUAGUGAAUCUCCGUCGGCCGGAAAUAGCGCAACGAUUGAUUGACGAGGUAAAUCGUCGUGAAGGAGGCGUUCCGCUGGUGGAAUCGUUCGAUUGGAAUGUUAGCUGGAUAAUGGGAAGCAGCAGCUUGGCGUCCACCCGGAAACAACUGUGCACGGUGGCACUCGCUUGCCGGGACGGUGAUUCAAAGACACAAACAAUCAGUUUCGAAAUGGGCAGAGAUCAAGUGGAGCAUGUGAUAAGCGAGCUGGAAACGCUUGUGGCAUGAUGUGAAUUGUAAGUAUGAAAAACAAAAUUCAAAGUUAUGUUACAAUCUUUAAUGCUGCAUAUUCAGUUUGGCAACGUGAUCUAUUUCGUCACAUAUUGGCAUUUAUUUAAGUUAAGUUAAUUCAGUAGUCCAUCUUACUAACGUUUUUUUUGGAAGAAAAAGCGUUGGACCGUAUUGACUAAUUUUGAUUGAAAUUAAACUGUUAGUAAUGAAAACUCUUUAAA